AUGUCGUUGGUCCAGCACGUCUCCGCCCUUGAAGGUGUCGACCGGGAGCCGCCGCAAGAUGAUGCUGGCGAGGUCCAUUCCAUUCGCCGUAAGAUCAGUUACGAUGUGAUCCAGCCGAGCCAAGCUGCCGCUGUCGCCGAGCAGCCCCCGGGCAUCCCAGCAUACAAGCAAUCUACAGCGAAACGAUUAGUACAGGUCUUCAUCACUGUCCUCGCCUGCUGGCUGGCCUCCGGGAUUGUGUUUGGAUUUGCAGCUCUGAAGCCGGUUCUGGUUGCGGAAGGGGUCUAUCACGACCUCUGUACCGAGGAUGAGCUGCAGAAAGGUGUCGAGCUGUGUUCGCAGCAAGAUCUGAGACUCAACUUCUUCUUCACUGUCGCCUCAAUCACCGCCAACAUGUCGGCCUUGCCAGUCGGAACGAUUCUCGAUCGCUAUGGCUCCCGCAUCUGCGGUAUUAUCGGCUGUUUUCUGCUUGCGAUUGGAAGCACACUAAUGGCACUUACCUUCCGCAACCCGGGAUUGCACAUGCUGAUACCUGGGAACUUCCUUGUCGCGCUGAGCGGGACCUUCAUUUUCGUGCCGUCGUUCCAGAUUGCGAAUGCAUUUCCCCGAUACUCCGGGACUAUUGUCGCACUUAUCACGGGGUCCUUCGAUGCGUCUGCUGGCGUGUACCUAUUCUAUCGGGCAGCCUACGAAGCCUCCGAUCGGUCAUUUACCCCCGACAAAUUCUUUUUCGGAUAUCUGGCUGUUCCAGGUGUGAUAUUCCUAGCGUUAAUCACCAUCAUGCCGAGUCGCGACUAUACCUCGACGCUGGAGCUUGAGUCGAAGAUGGAGUUAGCCGAGGAUGCGACGCAAGACGUACAUGAUUCAGAUGACGAAAUCGAGAGCGACCGCGAGCUAAUGCGGGUGCGGAAAGAUCGAGCCCAGCGCCGCAAGAACAAAAUGCGAAAGCUUCGUCGGGUACUUGGUAGCAAAGACGAGAUUCAGCAACGCGCAGAGCGGGAAGAGGAUCGCCAGCAUACGAGUCGCGUCUGGGGUGCGCUCCAUGGUCUCCCAGCCCACAAGCAAAUGGCAACGCCAUGGUUCAUUCUGAUUACCAUCAUGACCGUUCUCCAGAUGCUGCGUAUGAACUACUUCAUCGCAACUGUUCGGUCCCAAUACGAGUAUAUGCUGAGCUCGGUGGAUCUGGCUGCACGAAUCAACGAGUUCUUCGAUGUGGCGCUGCCGGUCGGUGGUGUUUUAUUUACACCCUUCAUCGGUAUGCUCCUUGAUCGUCUCAGCGUGGCUGUUAUGCUCGGGAUCAUCGUUGCUUUCACAACGGUUAUUGGUAUCCUCAAUUCGAUUCCGACGUUGUGGGCCGGGUACUCGACCGUUACGCUCUUUGUUCUGCUGCGACCGUUAUAUUAUUCCGCCAUGUCGGAUUACGCAACCAAGGUUUUUGGCUUUGCUACCUUCGGGCGCGUGUACGGUACAAUCAUCUGCCUCUCUGGGCUAGUGAAUUUCUCUCAGUAUGGGCUAGAUGCCCUUACCCAUCGAACGUUUCACGAAAAUCCGAUCCCCAUAAACGCUACACUGGCCACAGCGGGCUUUUUGGUGGGCGUGGUACUAGUCAGCUUUGUGGCAAUCAAAGGCCGGCAGAUGGCCGCUCAAGCUAGACACGACGAAGAACAAGAUCGACUUCUGGAGGAGGAUGAAAGCAGCCUCGGUUAUGGUUCCAUAAACAGCCACGUGUAA